UGCUGGGUGGAGGGUUCUGAGCUUGCGCAGUGGGUCGAAAAUUAUCUCUACGACGCAAAUAGGAGUUGUGCGCAUGCGUCACUCCCCUAUCUGUCAGUACGGAAAAGCAUUCUGCGAUCAGGCAGGCAGGUUAGUUCUGGACUUCAGCUGGCUUUCAUUGUUCACCAUUAUUUGGUUAGACACAGUGUUUUCUACAACAAAAAGUUUUUAAGUUUAAAAAUUGCAAAUUAAAUUGCAAUCAAGUUGAAGUGUUUUCUAAGCUGUCAUCAUGCAUAAACUGAUAGCCUGUGUGUUCUUGAGCUUGUUGGCUGUCGCAGCGUCGAUUAAGCCUGACGCCGAGAAAGGAGCCUGCGUCAAGUCGGUUGCAAACUUCUGUCAUGCAACGGAACAAAAAAUUUCCGAUUGUAAUGCACAAUACUCCGGAUUCCAUCAUGUGCAUAGCGAUCUUCAGCAGUUUGUUGUCACUCAAAUCGAGCAAAGUUUCCAGUUCUUGACCAUGGCUACUAAGUUCGGAAACUACAAGAGCAAUCGUCCAGGGUUCGAAAAACUGUACAGGGGUCUGGCUGACAAAUCCUGGGAAGAAAGCAUUGAACUGAUGAAGUACAUCACCAGCCGUGGUUAUGAUGUCAAUUUGAAGAUCACUCCUUACCAGUACAGCAACAACACCAAGAGCUUGACAGAAAUCUCAACUUACCCUGAAAUCAGUGAAUUGAAAAGUUUGUCCAUGGCACUGGAAAUGAACAAAUUCCUCGCUGAAAAGGCUCACGACAUUCAUCACAAUGCUGCCAGCCAUUCCAAGGAUAAACCCCAUGAUGCUGAGGUGAUGUCAUUCCUGGAGAACACGUACGUGCACAAGCAUGCCGACACUAUCCGCACCCUGACCGGUCACGUGAAUGACCUUCACAAGAUCACUCAGACCAGAGGAGUGGACGCCAAUCUUGCAACUUUCAUGUUCGAUGAGUUCCUUCUCAAGGCCUAGAUGCUCUCCAUUGCGGCUCUGUUCACUCUGUAUAUACUGUUAUGAAUGUUAUUUUCCAAUCGCGUACAAAUAUCCUCUUGAGCCUCUGUAUCGAACGUUGUAAUAUUUCUAUCAUAAAAUAUCAAUAUAUGUUAAUGCAAAUUGAACGUACAAAUAUCUUUGAGCCUCUGUAUCGAACUUAUUGUAAUAUUGGAACAAUCGUAAAAUAUUAAUGCAUGUUAAUGUCGUAAAAUAUCUUGUAGAGGCUCACUAUUAUACCAAACGAACAAAGUGCUAAGAAAGUUUACAAAGUGUGUUUUGUGUAAUAUGAUCCUAACUUUGUUUAUAGUCUUAUGAAUAAAAUAUUUUAGGUAUUA